AUUUUCUAUUUCCACCUGAAGGUCAUUUUCGAAAUUUGGAAGUCUUACUCUGUGUAGAGGUAUUCAGACUAGGGAAUUUUUAUGCCAACCCGCGAGAGAGAGGCUGUGAUUGUGCUCUGAAGUAUCGUUCAAUAUCAAUAUGUGGUUCAACGGUGGAGUUACGGAUGCGGUGAAAGAAUCAGUCACGCGGGAAGCAGUCUUCGUUGUCUACGUGUAUGAUGCCGAAGAGGAAUCCUCGACCAUGACGAAGGUUGUCGAAUCUUCAGAGACCAACUCUUUAUUGGGAACCGAUGGUGGAAAAUUCGUUUGCAUUAAGGUUUCUCGUGGAACCGACGAAUUCACGCAAUUCGGUCAAAUUUAUCCGAUCGUUAAAACACCGUGCGUUUAUUUCAUCGGGAAGAAUGGAGUUCCGCUGAGUAUCGUAAGUGGCGUUGUUUCGCAAGAUCAGUUCCUCUCGACAAUUCAGGAAGUUACUGCUAAACAUACUGGAGUUUCGACCCCUGUGGAAACCCCGGUGACUGAAACUGCAAGUGGCGUUACACGCGUUUCCUCUGGUGCUGAAUCGUCCGAAUCCUCCGUCCGAGAAAACUUAGCGGAUACUAAUGCAGCUCAAGAAGGUGCGACCAGUGCUUCUGCUGUAUCUGAUCCAGAAAAGCUCAAUCGAGUUCAGGAACUCCUUGAAAAACGGAGGGCGGAGAAGGAACAAGAGAUGAUCCAGAAAGAGAAAGAACAAGAAAUGGAGCGCCGGCGUGUGGGUCAAGAAUUGCAGAAAUUCAAGGAUUGGCAAAGUGAUGAAGAGCGUCGCAAAAUCGCAGCCGAGCGAAAACGCGAUAGGCAGGAAGAAAUUAAUGCCCGGGAGCGCGUUUUAGCUCAAAUUGAACAAGACAGAAAAGAGCGAGCUGCCCGAUUUAACCAAGUGAGAGCUGACGAAACCAAGCAGGAGGAUGAGGAAAAGCAACGAAUUUUGACUGAGGAACGCGUCAAACGAGAAGCGGAAUUGGCUGAACAGAGUCUUCCAGAAAAGAAGAAAAAUAAAAUUAAUUUAGUUAUUGAAGAAAUCGCUGCUAUGGGGAAUUUUUCCAAGAUUUUCCACAAGUGUUUUCGUUCCCAAACCGAGAGAGUCAAGGCCAACGGGCUACCAAGCAGACGGCACGUCAGGAAGGGACGGCUGAGCGGCAAAGCGGAAGUGCGUGCCCACGUCCGCACCCAGGUUGUACCCAAGAACCCGAGCCUACGCGAUAAGUUCAAGUUGUGCACCCUGUACCCGCGUCGAACUUUUGAUGAGCAGAGUGACGGGGAAACCCUGCGGGCUCUUCAACUGGCACCGACUGCAGUCUUGCUUGUUCUACCGGUGAGUCCUCCAGUGCCGGCCCUCGAUGACUCGGAACCCGGGCCGGAGAAUCGCGCGGCGACCGGGCGAAUCGUUAUCAAUAACCGGAGUAAUCAGAGCUCGCCGAUAAGUGGCGUGGGACGAACUAAGAGUGAUGUGGUUGCAUCUACUGGAUCCGGCGUGACGAAGAUAUUUUGGUGGGCUGUUCAACCGAUUCUGACCAUUUUUGAGUAUGUCUCCUUCUUCAUAUUUGGGACCCCGACGAACGCGAGAUCUUGGGGAAGAACGGACUCGAAUUCGACUGUCUCGCCACGAAAUUCUGCUGAAGAAUCGCGUGUUUCUGCGGGAGGAUCUGAUUCCGCUGCUGGAAUUAGAAGGAGAAACAUCCCAUCGCAAGGACGAGUUUUGAGGCAAGAGGGAAAUAUUAGAAAGUUUGCGAAUCCUGGCGACGUGAGUGCCGAUGAUGGAGACGGUAAAGAUGACGACGGAACCUGGAAUGGAAAUUCCACGCAACAGCUCUGAAAUUCAGGCGAACGACGUGUGUUGGUUUUUCUUUUUCUUUCAUGCGGUAUAUUUUCAUGCUGCGUUUUUGAUUCGCUCCCUUUUCUCUUGGAUGGCAUAAAGGGAUUCUCGUGGAUUUUUUAUGACAUUCCUCGUUUUCAUUUGAUUGCAUAGCUGUAGUCUUAUUUUGUUGGGGCAACGAGUGGGGAGUUUAUGCCGGUUGGUUGGUGUGCGAUUAAAAUAUAUACGCAAUAUUAGCUGUGUCGGUUUGCAUCAUUGUUUUUCUCUUGGUGCGAUUAAUUCGCUGAAGAGAAAAGGUGCUGCUUUUUUUUUGAGAAAAUUUAGCAGGUCUUUUAUCCAUUGUCUGAAAUCGGCAUAUUUUUGGAGAUAUUGGUCAAGUUGUUGUUGCGAGAAAAUGAUCUGCAAAUGUUUCUACGGCCGACUCGUAAACACUAGUUCGGUUGUGAUUCGCAUAUACGGAACUGAGCAUCUGAUCAAA